AUGGACACCAUGCCGGCCGUCGUCGCGAAGCCCGAGGACAAACCCGUCGCGGCAGGCGAGCGAGAGCAGGACCACGACAUCGCGGCCAGCGAGGAGGAAGAGAUCACGGCCAUGAAGCGCCGUGUGGCGGAGAUGGAAGAGGAGGCCAAGAAGCUCCGUGAGAUGCAGGCCACCCUGGAACAGCAGUCGGCCGACCUCGCCGACGACAAAGAGUCUGUUGACGCGCGCAGCAUCUUUGUCGGCAACGUCGACUACUCGGCCUCGCCCGAGGAGAUCCUGGCGCACUUUCAAAGCUGCGGCUCCAUCAACCGCGUCACCAUACUCUUGGACAAGUUCACUGGACAGCCCAAAGGCUACGCCUACGUGGAAUUUAAGGAACCCAGCUUGGUGCCGCAGGCGCUGGUGCUCAACGAAAGUGUCUUCAAGGGGCGCAACAUCAAGGUGACGCCGAAGCGAACAAAUGUCCCCGGGAUGAGCCGCGGGCGCGGGCGCGGAGGCUAUCGCGGCGGCUACCGGGGCCGUGCUCGUGGUCACGCACCUUACUAG